AUGACUUCACUUCAAGAUCACAGCUUCUCAGGACAGUCGCCUCCAUUCUUCAACGCCACAUGUUCCUCCCUCCAAAAAGAUGCGGAGAGACUAAUCUCUGGUACUGUUGCCUUGUGGGACUGUGUGGUAUCCAGUAUACAAGUCAAAGAUGCUACCUUUGAAAACACAAUUAUUCCCAUCUCGCAGAAUGAGAAUAGCAAGUCACAGGAGCAACGUGUCCUGCAAUUUUAUGCAUCUACAUUUCCAUCCAAGGACCUGCGAGAUGCGUCCAGCGCAGUCACAAGGCUCUUUGCUGACAGCGAGAUUGAGCUGUACUCGCGCCAAGACAUGUUUGCGCGGGUACAUGAGGUAAUGCAGAAGGAAAAAGAGAAUCCCAGCUCAAGUUUGGAUGCCGAGUCUACAUACUAUCUACAAAAACUGCAUCGGCGUUUUCAGCAGAAUGGUUGCACCAUUGCCGAUGCAGGACAACGGCACGAGUUCAAGGUCAAGAUUAAGCGUCUUGGGGAUCUGGUGCGCGAAUGCAACAAGAAUCUUAGCGAAGAUGCCUCAGGCAUCUGGCUCGGACAAGGUGAUUUGGAUGGCAUACCCCAAUCCCUCAUCGACCGGUUGAAGUAUGGCAAAGACGAACAUUCACAAAAUCUCUGGCUAUCAACCAAGGUCCCAUUUAGCGGCCCUGCCAUCACGAAUGCCAAGAAUGAGUCUACACGGAAAAGAAUAUACUACGCCAUCCAAAAUAGGAUGAAGGUGAAUGUUCCUUUGUUCAGGGAAAUCAUUCUUCUUCGUGACGAGACAGCACGAUUGCUGGGUUAUCCCAAUCAUGCCACAUUCAAAACUGCAGACAAGAUGAUGCAGAAUCCGCAAGUAGUGGAAGAGUUGCUUUCGGAAAUUCGCUCAUCUGUAGCUGCUCUAGCUGUGCAGGAUGCCAAGGAGCUUCUGGGUAUCAAACGUGCCGAAGCCAAGUCACGCGGCGUCACUGCAGACAAUCUCUACCUUUGGGACCUUCCGUACUACUCGGCAAGACGCAGCGACAAGGAAGGCAAGCAAGAUGUGUCAAUCUCGGAGUACUUUGAGCUUCAAACCACUCUAGCAAAGCUUUUGGAGUUAUUCGAGCACCUGUUUGGAGCAAGAUUCCAGCGUAUAGACGUUCAAGGGCGAGAGGAAACCCACGGCCCACUGGUAUGGUACGAGGACGUCCAGAUGUAUUCUGUCUGGAACAUUGAUGGGUCCAAGGAAUCCCUUGGCUACGCCUAUCUAGACCUUUUCCCACGGGACGGUAAAUAUACUCAUUCUGGUCACUAUUCUCUACAGCAGGGACACGAAAAGCUAGAUGGACGCCGAUUCUAUGCAUCCUCUGCAUUGGUGAUGAACUACAUCCGCCCGACAGCGACAAGCCCAACUCUGCUGAGUCUCAACGAAGUGCGAAAGCUCUUUCAUGAGCUUGGACAUCUUCUACAUUCUCUAUUUACGCAAACAAAAUAUGCAGCUCUGCAUCACGUUGACCAGGAUUUCAUUGAAGCACCGAGUUUGAUGCUGGAGCAAUUCUUCUGGCUGGAGAGUUAUAUCAAGGACGUCUCUUUCCACUACUCGCACAUUGACUCGGGCAUGAGGGAGGUAUGGAUAAAGACAUUGAACGAGCAAGAGAGAACCAACCCACCCAAAGUACCGCUGCAACUCAGUGACGAGGUUGUGCGCAGCCUGGCUCAUACUAACCAGAGCAGGGCUGUGCAGGACCAGCUCAAGGAACUCUUCUUUGCCACAUACGAUAUGCUCGUCCACACCCCUGCCUCGCAUGCAGAGCUGGAGACGUAUAAUUUCACAGAGCUAUUCAACAAGACGCGCGCCGACAUCUACAAGGUUCCUGGCGGAGAGGCAUUGGGAGAGGGCUGGGAAUGGGGGCACGGUCAGACUGUGUUCCGCAACAUAAUCAAUCGCUACGACGCUGGGUACUAUAGCUACAUUUUGGGAAGGGUCUUUGCGCUAGAUAUUUUUGACACUGGUUUCAAAGAGAACCCUAGCAGUCAAGAAGCCGGCCGGAAAUAUCGCGACAAGGUUCUCCGAGUGGGUGGGCGCCAGCCAGAAAUGAAGACCAUGACGGAGUACCUUGGCCACGCUCCAAGUACUCGUCCUUACCUUGCGUGGCUGAAGGGCACAAUGCGUGACGGAAGUCUUUCACAAUCCGAAUCGUAG